AUGAAAUGGCGCGGCAGGGAGUGUCGGGCCAGGGAGGCCUCCAGGUCGCCGCCGGCUGGCCACAGCAGGGACGCCUCUUGCGGCCGGGAUACACUCCGAGGUCGCCCCGCCGAGGGCCACUCACUAGCGGGCCACGAGGAUGCAUGUGUGGAGGAGGGGAUCUGUGGCUCAGGUAUAGACUCCCUCCGGUCCCUGCCUCCCCAGAUGAUGCCACCCACUUCCAGCGCCCUGGUGUUACCUCCCGGGGUGUCUCUCCUUCAGCCGGGGGUGUCUGGGGUGGCUGGACUCGGAGUGGGCGGAGGUUUGGGUCUAGGGGGCGUGAUGGGUAUGGGGAGUGGGAGCGGCUCCAGCCUCUCGCCCUCAGUCAGCAUAGACCUGCCGGAGCCCGCCGUGUUGUCCGUGGAGGAGGCGGGCUCGGGUGUGCAGAUGGGCAUCAAGGUGCGCGGCCUCGACCUGAUGCGCUACGGCCGCCUCGAAGACGGCGUGUACAAGUGCAGUGAGUGUGAGCGGAUCCAGAUCCCCAAGACCUUCAAGACCUCGUACUCGUUCCAGCGGCACGCCUAUCUGUACCACGAGGGCCGCCCCAAGCGCUUCCCGUGCCCCCUGUGCGGCAAGGAGUUCUCGCGGCCCGACAAGCGCAAGAGCCACCUGAAGGAGAAGCACGGCCUCUUCCAGCACGAUUCUGGUGACCAGCUCGACUUCUCGGCCUCGUUAUAG